AUGACAUCCGUGUUGUCAUCAUUUUUCUCACGCGAUCCAAAAAGUGUAUUUCCGUAUGAGCUACCUGCUAACAGUUUCUAUAAUUUUGAUGGUAUAUUCAUCGGAAAAAGCUUUAAAAAGGCUGAACCGUCCGAACUUGCUACCUGUUUCUGGGCAACGGUAUCGGACUGUGGUCCGGGAUUAGUGCUAAAAGCCCAAGCACGUAAACUGAAGACUCUCCGGCAUCCAAAUGUUCUUGCUUAUUUGGAUAGCAUUGAGAUGAAUGGUACUUUUUAUCUGAUAACUGAAGCUUGCGUACCUCUAAAAAUUUAUAUCACGGAAAACAAAUUAACUGAUAAGCAGAAGGAUUUUGUUGUUUCCUGGGGUCUAUUUCAGCUAAUGAAUUGUUUGAAAUUUUUGCAUCAAGAAGCUGAAUUAAGUCAUGAAAAUAUCCGGCAUUCUGUUUACGUCACAGAAAGUGGAGAUUGGAAACUUGGCGGUUUUGAGAAAUCAACCAGUUUCAGUAGUCCACGUACUGAUCUUAAUUCAUUCGCAUUACUUACAUGGGAAAUUUUCAAUGGUUUCAAUGAAUCAGUGACGAAACCGGAAGCACCGAAAAAAAUUCCUGAACAACUGCAUGGACAUUAUAAAAAGAUGGCUACUAAUCGAGCAGCAAAACUUGAUAUUGGGGAAUUGUUGAGAGAGUUGCGUCAGGCUGGUGGCUUUUUCAAGAAUCGAUAUGUGGAUACGCUACUGUUUUUGGAUGAAUUUCAACUAAAAGAUGCUCAUGAAAAGCAAUCAUUCUUCACAGAGUUGAAAAAUGAAUUGGAUUUUUUUCCUGAUAAUAUUGCCAAAUAUAAAAUUCUUCCAAAAAUAAUACAUAGUUAUGAAUAUGGCGAUGCGGGAUCACAUGUUUUGAUGCCACUGUUUCGUUUGGGACGUCUGUUGGAUGAAGACGAGUAUCAGCGCCGUAUUGUGCCUUGCCUGUGUAAAUUAUUUAGCUCACCGGAUCGUGUAACACGAGUAAAAUUAUUGGAACGAAUCGACGAAUUAACACCUCAUUUAACGCCUCAAAUUAUUAACGAACGGAUAUAUGGGAAUAUUGCAUCUGGUUUUAUGGAUACAAAUCCAGCUGUCAGGGACCAGAGUUUCAAAGCACUGCACGGAUUCAUCGAAAAAUUGGAAAAGGCUAGUGAAAAUCCAGAACUGAUCGCAGAACUUGAGGCACAAGUAAAAGCUGGUGGAAAAAGUGGUUUGCUGAGCAGUGACAAGGUACCGCAAUGGGCAAGUUGGGCAUUAAAAUCGCUUUCAGGCAAAUUCUAUAAAUACUCCCCCUCAGUACAAAAUUUAUCUGGACCAACAUGUAAAAAAGAGACUUCUGUUUGCGAACCAACAUCUAUCACAAGUACAUAUGAAUUAAAAUCGUAUGAUAAAUCAGCAACAAAGCUUGCAAACGAUGGUUGGAGUGAACUGGAAGAUAGUUUAUCUGUAGAAAAUGAAGAAUGGGAAGAUGCUAAUGAUGCACUGACAACAGGUACCACAAGCACGAACGAAGGAUGGGAUAACGAGCAGGAAGGAGUAGCAACUGCUAAAAGUAAAAUAUCAAUUUCGGCAUCAUCGAAUCCUCUCAGGAAAUCAUCGGGAAUAGGCGGAUUGAAAUUGCAACGCGCUGUUAUAAAGCCUACUGUUGAAGAUGAUUUGGAUUAUUUGUUGGGUAUUAAGCCCAAGUCGAACACAGUUGAUCGAUUAGGUGGUAGUGAAGUUGCGAAUAGAAAUACAUUUACUGUAAAGAAUAGCAGCAAUACAUUGACAUAUGGUUGGGAUGACAAUUCAACUACAGGCGACUGGGAUAAUUUCGAUGUCAGUUCAGGUUCAUUAUUAAUGUCUUGAAUUGCUUUUCGAAUAGUAACGAAACAUUGAGUUUUUUUAUGCUUUUGGGAAAAAUGAGAAUUUGGAGGAUUGGAAAAGUUACUGUUUUUGUCAAACUUCUAAAGUUUGUUGAAAUAACAUUCUCUGCUCGCUUUCUUAUGGUUUCAGAUGGGACAUGUGCUCAAGUAGUCGAAGAUCGGAAAUGGAAUAUUUCAUGGAAUACCGAUGAACCUAUCGAGACUUCAUCGGUAAUGGAAAGUAAAGAAAAUCGUCGAGCAAAGGUCACAGCACGGAACGAAGCUCGUCGUAUGGAAAUGGCUAGAAAAAGAACUACUCGAGGUACUGGAGUACUCGACUAAUGUCCGAUAGUGAUGGAAGCGUGUAUUGAUUAUCUCAAGUUCAUUAUGUUAACUGUCAUGAGCACGUUGUAGUAGGAAACUCUUCAUUUAAGGAAGCUAAAUGAAUUAGAAUUGUGAAGUGUUCUUUUUUCACGAAAGCAUCUCCCUCAUACGUUUGCUAUGCACAUGUUUCGUAGAGUUAGGUCAGAAGUUGCAGCAAUUUCUCAAGAGAAGCUGG